AUGGUUACAAUUUUAAGAGAUUGGGCGGAAACAAAGCAAAGGACCCCUUUGAAAUUUCUGUUUCCCCUAAUUUAUGCUCCUGUUCUUCCUCUCAUUCGAAUUCAAUUGCGACAUAACCCUGUUUUGAGGGACCGUUUGUUCACUGUUGUGCUUGCUGGGGCAUUUGCUCGUGGCUUUUACUUGAUGUAUCCUUUUUUGAUUCACUGUUUUUUAUUUUUUAUUUAUUUAUUUUUUUGUUUUUGUUAAUGUGAUUAGGGUUAUCUGAGACAUGUUGCUAACUGGUUUCCCAAGGACCAGAUUCACUGUCUGCUUAUAAUAUUUCACAAUUCAUUGUUAUUAAACAAUAACCCAUUUCAAUUUUAUACAGCAUGAUAAUGCAAAUAUAUAUAUAUUUGGGAUUAAAGGAUUACUUUAAGUAAUUAGAUGUAUAGUUGUAGGAUUUUAAAUGUUAACCUUGCAGGCUUUGAAGUCAUAAGGUGGGAAACCAACGCUAGGAAUGGGGGCUUUGGACUACUUAAUUUAGUAGAUGCGAAAAAGUUUGGAAUAACUUCAGAAAUUGUUGAAACAAACUUGUUAUUCCAUGUUAAAAUUUCAACAUACAAAAAAUUGGAAGUAAAGCAAGUGCUGAACUUUUUCUUGUUGCGACACACGUACACACACAUAGACAUUGGUUAGAUAAAAAAGAUUCUAAAGAACCUUUCAAUAUUUUUGCACUUAGCUCCAAAAACCAAAUGACUUCCCUAUGCCCAAUCUUUAGUUGAAAAAGAGAAGGUUCUAAGUUUUUAUAAUUUCAAUGAGGGGCAAAGGGAUGGAUGGAGAAACAUAUUUUUGUCUUGGAAGGGAUUUAUCAGCAAUGUUUUCCCCUCAUUCUUUUUUUUGGUUCCAAUGAUGAUGGGGGCUUUAAAUAAUGAUGGCCUGGAGGGGCUGUUUUUUUGGGGCUCUCCCAGCCACAUGCCCAUGAAUGCCCACCUUCCCAACUUGGAUAAAAUUAAGAUUUUUAUCAAAAUGCUACUUACCUUG